UACAGAUCUAUCCCCACCUUGGUCAGUCUGUACAUAGACCAGAAUUCCAUUACAUCCGUCUCCCGGGAGUCUCUGGCGGGUCUUCCAAGUCUCAGGACUCUCAAAGCUGGAAACAACACAUAUGUCCGCUCCUGUGACUCCUAUUGGUUCAUGACUACUCUGAACAAAUCCUUGCUGCCCGACUGGCCCUUGGAUUAUACCUGCAGCACUCCCCCAUCUGUGGCUGACCUGCCGAUGUCCGAGUACAGAACCAGCAGGAUGUCCUGUGAGGCCUGGCUUCAGGCUGCCGUGGCGUUGCCCGUGACGAUGCUCAUCGUGCUGGCCCUUUGCUCUGCGUUCUACGCCUGUGACGGAGUGUGGUACACCAAGAUGCUGUGGGUGUGGAUCCGCGUGAAGAGGAGAGGCCAGAAGCAGGCCAACCUGCUGAACAACACAACGUUUCGGUACCACUCGUUCAUCUCCUACAGCCACCAAGACUCCGCCUGGGUGGAGAGCAAGCUGGUGCCGUCCCUGGAAGGGGCUGGACUCUCCCUGUGCAUCCACGAGCGAGACUUUGUGCCCAGCCAGUGGAUCAUGGACAACAUCAUCAACUGCGUGGAGGCGAGCUACAAGACGCUGUUUGUGCUGUCCAACCAAUUUGUGCAGAGUGAAUGGUGUAACUACGAACUCUUCUUUGCCCAGCAUAGAGCUCUGGACGCCCAGCAAGACUCCCUGGUCUUCAUCCUGUUGGAGCCUAUUCCGACCAACUCUCUGCCCAAGAAGUUCUUGAAACGGAGGAGAUUGCUGAUGCAGCAGACGUACCUGGAGUGGCCCAAGGAUGAGCGAAAGCAGCAGGUGUUCUGGGUCAACCUCAGGUCUAUGCUACAGGUGGCGGACCACCGGAUCCUGAAGGAUAUGGCCCUAGAGUUAACCCAAAGCGCUUCUCUGAUCCCACACGAUUUGGUUCCUUUGUUAAAAUGAUGACUGCAGUCCAAAAUGAAAAUUGUGUGUGGCCCAUUCAAAGAUAAAUGUUUUUCAUUUUAACUAUGAUUGCCUGAAUGAAACUCGACAAAACUGAUCAAUUAAAGUGUUUUUUCUGCAUAUAUUUCUGGUAAAACGUACUUUCGUUUAGUUU